CUGAACAGAUGUUUUGAUCUGAUCAUCUGGUCAAAAUUAAAAAGAAACCGACUCACCUGUUAUGGGAGUGCCAUAAUUGUUAGAUUCAAACUUCUAAAUUUUUAGCUCUUUCCUCCCUUAAGAUACUUGUUUCCAUUGAAAUCAUGAUCCCCGGAAACCGAAGGAAAUUUUAAAAGGAAGAGAAAAAUCGGCGUGAAAGCUCGUUGGAACAAAAAUUAAGUUUUAUAGCAACCUUCCUUAUGACCAUCUUGUAGGAUGAAUCGUACAAACCGCGAAUCAAUUAGGAAAGGAGACAAGCAGCUUUCUUCACCGACCUUUUGGGAUGAGGCGAACAGCGCUGAGAAGAUAAUCUCGGCAUCUCGGCUCAAGGAAUUGGGCAAAUCCGAAGCUGCUGAGUGUCUCGCGUUGACCGUCUUGGAGCGGAUGACGAAGCAGCAGUUCUCCCAAAUCCAGACUCUCGAGUCUGCCCUAUUGAAAGAUGGCGUAAUCGUAACUAAGGAAAUGAACGAUAUCUUGAGGCAGAUCAUCGAGACGUCCGGCAUCGAGAAGGAGAUGAAGGCAGUUCAUCCGAGACCGCAAGAAGCGGUGCUCCUUGUCAUCCAGCAGAUCUUGCGCAUAUUAAACCAGUCGUGCUCAGAGAUCGUGCAAGUCGAAACCGAGGACAAGAGGUCCCUGUCGGUCCCCAAACGGAUGAACCAGUUGAUGAACGAAGCGAAAAAGCUAGGAAUCGGAGACUUGAACCUUCCGCCGAUCGUCUACGCCAACGAGAGGGCUCGCCUCGCCAUGAUCGAAAGGCAGAUCAAAGGGAAAAUGAAACUUAAGAACUUACACGAUAAAAUGGAAAGAAAUCGUGCGCCCUCAGGUCUCAAGACGGACAGAAGUCUUGUUAAGAAACACGCCGAAGUGAAGAAACGGAUUCGCAGGGUCAUAUCCAUUCGGGAGAAAAUGAAGGCAGAAAUAGCACAGGAAAAUAAGGAAUGCGUUAGAGCGAAGCCAGAAUCAUUGCCUUCGAGGACUUCCAAAGAGGAAAAAUCAGAAACGCCAAAGUCGAUCCAGAAAAAUAGGAAUAAUUCAAAUUUAUUCGUAGUUGAAAAUGAGCCAGUUAACUCGGAUGCUAGUAAACCGUCGGUGAUGAAGAAUACCUCGGAGGACACUGCCGUGUUGGAAGUCAUCGAAACGGCCCUAACGCGGAAGAUGAGAGAAGAAGAGGGGCUUUCCUUCUGCCCGUUCACGGGAAAAAUCAAGUCAGACGAGUUUCUUUUUGGUUUGCCUACAAUGCACGGAAUCUACUCGGGAAACAUCCUCAAUGUCAAUAUCGUACAAGUGGAAAACGACACAGGCGAUAAAAGUGAAAAAAUUGAAGCCACUAUCAAAGACAGUCUGAUUAACGAGGAAAAGGAAUGUGAAGAGCGAUCGUCAGUAGAAUUUUCUUCUGAAGUUGAAGUAAUGCCCGACCACCUCGAGUCCGAAUCCAAUAAAGAAUAUUUCACUAUAAUAAAAGACGAAGUACCCGUGAGUUCUCAAGGAUCCGAAAUGUUUUCAAAAAUUCAUAACGUUCAAUACAGCUACGCGGAAAAAGAAAAUUUUGUUAAAGAAAUCAAUAUAAAUUCUCCUGAUAUAAAAGUAUCAUCUGAGCCUUUGUUGCCUUCAGCCACGUUGAGGUCACCUUCGAAGCCUAACGUAAAUUUCGGGUCGAGAGUCGACCUUCAUGAGAACGCAGAGAAACGUACACAAUCUUGCAAGAAAAUUGUUCUAAAACCGGAAACAAACGAGAAGAAGCAGGAUCAAGGGGCAAGCGAUUCCGCCCGUCAUAUAAUUCACCUGUUAUUGAAUAACGUGUUUGCCGGAAGAAACGAAUCUCCCAAUAUUCCGCUAGACGACACUCUGAAGAGCGAGGAGGAGUUCCUACGGGACGAGGUCGCCCAACGGAGGUGUUGCGAGUCCGUGAGGGUUCGCAAUUCCCGCUGGCCUUUCGAAAUCAAGUACAAAUCUAGCGGAGGACCUUGCAGUUCUUCCAAAGGGAGGCUAAGCGAGGAAGAAGAGCAGAUUGAAGAAUUUCUAUCCGCCUCGGACGUUAUGAAGGAGGAACAGAUUAGCCGGCCGGACCCAUCGGGAUCGUCCAAUUUGAGGACUUUCGAUUUUGAAGGUCUACCCGGGGCCGAGUUCGACAUCGAUGAAAUACGCCCGUGUCCAUUGACACUGGAAGGCGAAAGCUCGUCCAAAUGGUUUCGAAGUACGCCUAGUCAAUCUGGCGACCCACUCGUCGUCCCUGUUCCAAAAAAAUUCAGAAAAAGCGAGGCCUACGCUGCCUUCCUCCUUAGCGUUUUCCUCGGCGUAGGAGCUAUGGGAUAUUUCACUUCCACCGGGCAACAUAUAGUAUCAAACAUAGUAAUGCCUGCCAGUAAUGCUUUAGAGAAAGCUCUUAACGUCCUCGACAGCAUACCGAUACCAAAGCCGUGGAAACGAUGAACUAAACUCACGAAGGGAAGAAAAAAUGUUGAAAUUAAAACAUAAAAAUUAUAUUUUUCUUCACUUUUCAAAAGUGAGAAGCGUUUAGCUGUGCAUGUCGUUUAUUGUGUAUCAAUUUUUAUCAGAUAAAACGUGGUUUAAAAAGUGUA